CUUUUUCUCCCCUGCACCGAACAAGAGCCCCAGCCACCACCAACGCCUCUUCCUUUGAGAAAACCGGUAAGAAGCUUGGUUUUUGCCUUUCUUUUCUUGUUCAAGAACAAGAUUUAAGCUUGGAAACCUCCCCUCCCUCUGCAGAAUUCUAGAUCUGCUCUGCGUCUUCCUCCCUCUGCCGUCCACAAGCUACAGCUUGUGUGAAUUCUGGGCAUUUUUUAGAAUUGCUGCCGGCUUCUCCCUCCGCCAGGUUCAGUUCUGCAGCUGGAAAAUUGUGGGUCCUUGAUCAUUGGUUGCCCUAGCACUUGGAUUGAGUCCUUGGUUUAUGCGAGUGAAUUUCUAUGUUAUGCGAUUGAGGAAGCGAAGUCAAGGAUGGGGAAAAACAAGGGGAGUGAGAGUUAGAAGGCUAGCCAUCUUGUAAAUGGAGCAUAGAUUUUAGAUAUAAAUCGUGAUCUUAUAAACUAGACUUUAUUUGGAGAUUUUAUGAUAUUAGAGCAAAUUUUAUCUUCAGAUUUCGUGGUAUCAGAUUGUGGUAUGAUAAGUUCCAAGCCUUGUGCAUUUGUGCGACCCUCUCACGAGUGUACGGCGUCUGUCGCACCUUGAAUUUGGGUUUUGGGGCAUGACAUACAUUUUCAAAUAUGUACAUCAAAAACCAUAGUUUUGUGCAACACACCAUGAAUAUGAGGGGCCGCCCAACAUCGUCCUCACUGUGAGAAAUAGAUGGCUCCAAAAUGCCGUAGGGGCACGACGGGUGGCCAUGAGGAUAAUAGCACUCCUCCAAUUCUGGCUGCUAGUCCCUUUGCCCAAGCUACUGCUCAAGAAGGAGGGGCGAAUAACCCUCAGAUGGUUAUGUUUGUUCAGGAAUUCAUGGUGGAGAUAAGAUGACAAGCAUCUUUUGCCACUAACGUGCCACCUCCAUCCUCAGUGGUUUCCACUCCUACGGCUCUUGCUCUUAUUUCUUCUACUCUUAUUGUACCUAGCUGGAACAUUUACACAUAAUUCCAGAAGGUGGUGACUAAGAGAUUUGGUGGUACAGUGGGUUUUGAGUGGUUGGGUCAUGGAUUAUCAAGGUGGAGAAGAGAUUUCGCCUAUUGAAAAUUUCUGAUG